AUGGCAAACAUUGUGCAGUUUGGGCUCGUAAUUGCUGGACGCCCCGUUAUUACCGACUUUCGAGAGAUCGGUCCGGUCCACUACGUAGUGGACAUUCUCGAGCCAACGCAGAUUACGGACCUUACGUUUUUCUUGCUACCAAGUUCGCCCGUGCCUCCAGGCUUUGGAGCGGUGCUGUAUUUUGCAGUGCCUGCCUUGCAAAAUUGGCAAUUACUAGGGACAGUGUUUGCUGAAAAGCCUAGUGCCAUCUUUCGGACGUCGUGGCCGACGCAUCCGGACGUAGUGGGCCAGCCUUUGUUGCAACUUGGUGUGUCCAUUGAAACUUUGGACAAUGUUAAGAAUCUGGGCAUUGAAGCCAGUGGUUUGGAGGAACGCAAGGCAUUUGCGCUGAAAAUUGCUCAGGAUUUAUUUAACUACCUUAGCUCCUUCUCCACGAGUAAUAGUCAAAGCUAUAUGACGAUUCCGACAAAUUUACUGGACAGGUGGAUGGAGCGAUUCGAAGCCAAGUACCGACGGGAUCCAAAUUUUAUGAUGAAAAUGCAAUAG